CGAGGCGCCGGCAGGACCCAGGGUAUGCUAUGACUGGCUUCAGACUCCCCAUCACUGCUUUCAGAAAACUAAAUGUCUGGUUUGGACUGUGGGAGAAACUCCCCUCUAACAAACUGUAUCCCUCUUGGAAGAGAAGCUUAUUCUGUAGCUGCCCAGCAAGCACAGUAAACUACAAAAGAUGUUUCAGCUUCUUCCCAGUAAAACUCUGCACACUAAAACUCUCUCCAGAGUACAUCUCAGUGCUUUCCCGGCGGAAUAAAAGUAACAAAAGCUCUAAUAAGAGCAGACAAACUGUACAGGAAGAAGAGGAUGAAGAGGAAAGUGAUUUGGAAGAUGAAUUUGAAAAUGACCCCAAUGUAGUAAAAGAUUACAAAGAUCUUGAAAAAAUAGUGCAGUCUCUUCGCUAUGAUGUGAUCAUGAAGGCUGGGCUAGACAUUGCCAGAAAUAAAGUAGAAGAUGCAUUCUACAAUAAUGAACUCAGGCUGAAUGGAGAAAAGCUGUGGAAGAAAAGUAGAACUGUGAAAGUUGGUGACACGCUGGAUCUCUUAGUCGGUGAGGAUAAAGAAACAGGAACUGCCGUAGUGAUGAGGGUGGUCUUAAAAAAAGUAUCUAACAAAACCGAAAGUGAAAAAUACAAAGUAAUUGUGAGGCGCUGGAAAAGCCUCAAAGUGCCCAAGCAGGACGUGCUGAAGUAACAGGGAGUUGUGUGUGGCAGCAGCAGAUUCUUGGACUUGUUGUUAAGUACCAGUUUUGGUUCAACAAAAUUACUGUACCCUUUUUUAAGGGCUCCUGUCAGAAUGUCACUUCCCUCUGCUGUGUACCUCAAGGUUCAUGCCAUAAGCCUGUUACCUUUUUUUUUUCUUGCUGUUGGUUUUGUUUCAUGGUACUGUGGGUGUACAAGAUCCAACAACCCUGCCACUUCCAGGCAGUUUCCUUACAGGUGUUAUAAAUAAUGAACCAAUAAAGAC